AUGGUAGUAGACGACGAAUCUCUCGACACACCCGACACCCGACACCUCGAAGCUGAGACACGAAAGAUUAUCGCGAAAGAGAAGGAACGCAUGACAACCCGAGCUGAUGUGCUCCGCACCUUUGCAGAGUCCAUCGCCACUUGCGCUAGAAAAUUCGACCAUGGCGAUGCCCACGCCGUCGCCAACGACUUCACUGGAUUCAGCAACGCGGUGCCACAGCCUAAACUGCGGCCCGCCGAGAAACCACUUGCCAAACUGCCAACGGACAGCCAAACACCCCGCCGAAAGGCAGUGAGCUUCGCCGACGUCACCAAGGUAGCCGCGCAACAAGCCCCAGGGGACGUUCAUAUCGCUCCUCCACGUAGACAACCCAUUGCGACCAACAACUACGCAGGCCGGCGAAUCCUCCUCCGCUUAAAGGAGGGGUCUAGCUUCUUCGAGAAAAACAACUUCCAGAUCCGCCUCGCACAUAAGGAAGAGCUUACACUCGACACUAGUUACUGA